CUGAACCCUUGAACUCUGGGAGUGUGUGAACUUAACCACUAUACCACCAGGCUGGCCUCAGUCAUGAAUCAUUUUUUAGGUGUCACUGAUUUUUCUCAUCUGAAUUCUUUAAAAGAUCUUGUAACAUGCAGUAUAAUAUAUGCUAUAUGCUUUUCAUCAAGAAACAGUUUUUGAAUUCCUGCUACUAAGCGGGUAAAACUUUUUGAGUGCCUGAUACAAAGAGGUAAAAGUUAAGGUGGUUUUCUCACAGAGUUUUUUGCUGGGGUGAAUAGGGCCUAGGCAUAAGCUGUUAAAUAGCAGUGUGAAAUUCUCCUUUGAAACACUGUUGCCUGGCCUGGAGACUGCCGUCUGCUGGUUUAGUUCUCACUCUUCUUCAUCCCUAAGGCAGCCUUCCUGCUUGAAUUUGUCUCUGGGGAGUAGGAUUUAUGAAAAGAGACAGUUUGGGCAACAUAGCAGAAAUAGCAAGUAGCCAUGAUGAUUAUGGGUCUCCCUCGAGGGCUCAGGGAAACGACAUGUGUUAGGCUUUUAGGUGUAGGGGACAGAACCGUGCUAAGGAGUUGGCAGGCGAUGGACUCAGUUAUCGUGGGCUCUGAGGAGGCAGCCUCAGGCUGAUGGGCAGAUGACAUACUGUCCUGGGACAGGAUUUCAACCUGUACCCAGUGCUCCUGACUCCACUUCUCUGCUUCUCUCUUUGGCUGUUUUUCUUCCUUUGUUACUAGUGAACCAAGGUCUCACACUCAGAUGGUUUCUGGUUGAUCACUGUCCUGGAGCUUUCACAUAGAGGGUUUUGUGUGAGCAUGUGCUUUCAUUUCUCUUGGGUAAAUGCCUGGGAAUGAGGUUGCUCAGUUGCAUGUGGUAAAUAAGUAUAUAUUUAUCUUUAUAACAAACUGCCAAACUUUUCCAAAGGGGCUGUAGCAUUUGCUUUCUCACCAAUGCUAUGAGAGGUCUGGCUGCUCUGCAGCAUUGGCAGACUUGAUAUUGUCAGGGUUAUUGUGCUUAUGAACCUACCUGUUUAUUUCCACUUGACUAGGUUUGUGGUGGCAUAUUCUCUGGUUUUAAUUUGCCUUUCCCUAGCGACUGGUGAUGUUGAGCAUCUUUUCACGUGUUUCUGUGGCAUCUGGAUACCUUCUUUGGUAAAGUGUUCAAAUCUUUUUCCCGUUUUCUAAAAAUUGAGUCAUCUGUUUUCUUCCUGAAACGUGGAACAUGUUUACAACAUGUAUUCUGGAUACAAGUCCUUUAUUAGAGAUAUCGGACAAAGCCAUACUGUUGCAGCCUCUGUAGAUACUCCACAAAAGUGCUUACUUCAUUCAAAAACCACCUGCAUCGCUACCAUGAAGACGAAAUUGACCAGGAGCUGGUGAUCCCUUGCCCAAACUGUGUCUUCUCCUCUCAACCCAAAGUUGUGGGGAGACACUUCAGAAUGUUUCAUGCACCUGUUCGGAAAGUCCAGAACUACACAGUGAAUAUUUUAGGUGAAACUAAAUCAUCUAGGAGUGAUGUGAUAAGUUUUACAUGUUUAAAAUGUAACUUUUCAAACACUUUGUACUACAGCAUGAAGAAGCAUGUGCUGGUAGCCCAUUUUCACUACUUAAUUAACUCCUACUUUGGCCUGCGAACUGAGGAAAUGGGCGAGCAACCGAAAACCGAAGAUACCCUUUCUACUGAGAAGAUGCCACCAUCUGACAAGUAUUACUGUAAAAAAUGCAAUGCCAAUGCCAGCAGCCAGGACGCGCUGAUGUAUCACAUUCUCACAUCGGAUAUACACAGGGACUUGGAGAAUAAGCUUAGGUCCGUGAUUUCAGAACAUAUUAAGAAGCCUGGACUUUUGAAGCAAAUGCAUAUUGCUCCCAAACCAGCUGCACAUGUGGCCAUGCCACCGCACACCAAUGCUCCGGGCCUCCCAGCUACACCCCCUUGCUUUCACCUUGCCUUGCCACAGAACAGUCAGAGCCAAACCGUAGUCCAGCCAGUUCAGGGCACAGUGCAGCCCGUGACUGUGGCCUCGGCUGCGUCUGGAAGUGUCACCCAUUCUCCGCCUGCCGUUGCCCAGUCCCGAGUGACUCUAGUCUCCAGCCCUCUGCCCGUGGGCCAGAGCAGCCUCACUCUCCCGCCCGCAGCUCCCCAGCCUGUCUUUCUUUCUCAUGGAGUCCCACUUAAUCAGUCAGCAAAUCCUCCUGUGUUGCCCUUGAGUCAGCCAGUUGGACCUAUAAAUAAGUCUGUUGGAACUGGUGUCCUCCCGAUAAACCAGACCAUCCGCCCAGGGGUUUUACCCCUCAACCAGCCUGUUGGGCCUAUUAGCAGACCAGUUGGGCCUGGAGUUCUUUCAGUAAACCGACCUGUUGGGUCUGGUGUCCUUCCUGUCAGUCCCUCUGUCACCCCUGGGGUUCUUCAGGCCGUCUCACCAGGGGUGAUUUCUGUGAGUCGGGCAGUCCCGUCAGGGGUCCUUCCUGCAGGCCAGAUGACCCCUGCUGGGGUUAUCCCUUCGGGACAGACAGCAACUUCUGGGGUUCUCCCUGCGGGCCAGAUGGUGCAGUCAGGAGUUCUCCCCAUUGGCCAGACAGCCCCAUCGGGGAUUCUCCCCACGGGGCUGACAGUCCCUUCACGGGUUCUCCCUCCUGGCCAGACGGUCCCCCUGAGGGUUCUCCCUGCAGGCCAGGUGGUCCCACCUGGGCUCCUUUCUCCCAACCACACAGUCUCGUCAGGUGUUCUCCCUGUGAACCAGGGUAUUAAUUCUGGUGUUCUUCAGCUCAGUCAGCCUGUGAUGUCAGGAGUUCUUCCUAUGGGCCAGCCAGUGAGGCCUGGGGUCUUGCAACUUAAUCAGUCUGUGAAUACCAAAAUUCUGCCUGCAAAUCAGUCAGUUAGACCCGGUACUUCGCAAAACACCACUUUCCUCACGUCAGGCUCCAUUCUCAGACAGCUGAUACCUACAGGGAAACAAGUGAAUGGGAUUCCCACAUACACCCUUGCCCCGGUGUCUGUCACUUUGCCUGUGCCACCUGGAGGUGUUGCGACCGUUGCCCCUCCCCAGAUGCCCAUCCAGCUCCUGCAGUCAGGCGCAGCUGCACAUAUGGGCAGUUCCGUGGCCAGCAUGCCCUCCUCUCCAGUGGUAGUGAAUACGACUCAGAAUAUGUUUGUUCAGGCCUCCUCAUCUGUGGCAGAGGGGAGUCAGGCGCUCAAACAGGCAAAGCAAUGGAAAACCUGCCCGGUUUGCAACGAGCUCUUCCCUUCCAACGUCUACCAGGUACACAUGGAGGUGGCUCAUAAGCACAGUGAAUCCAAAUCUGCUGAAAAGCUGGAGCCUGAAAAACUGGCAGCAUGUGCACCGUUUUUAAAGUGGAUGAGAGAGAAAACAGUUCGGUGUCUCUCUUGUAAAUGCUUAGUAUCGGAGGAUGAGCUUAUCCAUCACUUACUCAUGCACGGCCUGGGGUGCUUGUUCUGUCCGUGCACUUUCCAUGAUAUUAAAGGUCUUUCAGAGCAUAGUCGGACUAUGCACCUAGGGAAGAAGAAAUUACCCGUGGAUUAUAGUAACAAAGGCUUUCAAUUGGAUAUUGAUGCUAAUGGCAACCUGCUGUUUCCCCAUCUUGACUUCAUUACCAUACUACCAAAGGAAGAGCUGGGGGAGCGGGAAGUCUACUUGGCAAUACUAGCUGGGAUACACUCCAAGUCGCUUGUCCCAGUGUAUAUUAAAGUGAGGCCUCAGACCGAGGGUGCGCCUGGGAGCCCCACCAAACAAGCCUUGACCUGCCCCUUCUGCUUUGGCACCUUUGUGACGACUGAGGCGUAUGAGCUGCAUUUGAAGGAGAGACACCACAUCAUGCCCACAGUCCACACGAUCCUGAAGUCUCCGGCCUUCAAGUGCAUCCACUGCUGUGGGGUUUACACUGGCAACAUGACCCUGGCCGCCAUCGCCAUUCAUCUGCUACGCUGCCGGAGCGCUCCCAAGGACAGCAGCUCAGACCUUCAAGUCCAGCCUGACUUCAUUGAGAACGGCGAACUGCUGCUGGUCAACGGCGAGGUGCUACACGACUCCAGUUUUUCUGUAAAGAGAAAGCUGCCUGAGGGCCACUUUGGGGCAGAAGACCAGAGGGAUGGGGACGAGCGACCUGUCGUCAUCCAUGCUGAUGCAGCCCCCUCUGCAGAAAAGGUGACGAGCGUCGUGCCUUUCAAAAGACAAAGGAAUGAAAGCAGGACUGAGGGACCCCUUGUUAAUGAUGACGCUCUUCAAAUUUUAGCAUUAAAUCCUAAAAAAUAUGAAGACCGUUCUUAUGAAGAAAAAAAGCAGUUCCUUAGAGAUUAUUUCCACAAGAGACCGUAUCCUAGUAAAAAGGAAAUAGAACUGUUAUCCUCACUCUUAUGGGUGUGGAAAAUUGAUGUGGCUUCAUUUUUUGGAAAAAGAAGAUACAUUUGCAUGAAAGCAAUAAAAAAUCACAAGCCUUCUGUACUUUUAGGCUUUGAUAUGUCUGAACUUAAAAAUGUUAAACACAGAUUGAACUUUGAGUAUGAACCACAAAACUUGUAAAAAAUAAUUAGGAAAUCUAAAGUACUAGAUAAUUAGUAGUUUUUCCAAUUGAGAUUUUAAAAAAUGUUAUUUUCUUCACUGUAUGUUGAACUAAUCAAUUUCAGUGGUCUUUAUGCUGCUCUUUAGAUUUAUUUCAGGUGCUCAGAAAGACUUCUAUAUAUAGAAGUGAAUAGUUCUUUGAAAUUUAUUGUUUCCUGAAGUUUGAUUUUGUAACAAUUAUUUUUAGUUUUUUCCUCUGUCAUGUAAAUUAAAUCUUUUGAUAUUUCGUGCACGCCUUGUUUUCCUAGUAGUGUCAGUAUUGGAUGAUUAAAACUGAAAUCUACAUGUUUGUUUUUUCAUUUAAGGAAGUUUCAGCUUGUUUGAGAUUACUUGAUUAACUGCGACUCAAAGCAUUGGUCUCCCUCAGUCAGCUUCUCAUCAGCCAUCGAUACAGUGAACGUGUGUAGAGAAGCAUUGGUCUCCCUCAGUCAGCUUCUCAUGCAGCAGCGAUUGAUACAGUGAAUGUGUGUAGAGAAGUGAGUGCCAGCCCCCGCGAUGUGUAAGGGUGCACUGCGUUAACUUAUGCUGAUUUCUUCUUUGUGAGAUAUUGGUUUAUUAGAUUAUAAUUUUGAUUUACAUUCUUUUCAGGUAUAUCCUAACAGCUGUUUUUGAUUAUAACUCAUAGGAAACCAAACAUUUUCAUUUUAAAAAAAUUACUGAACCUGAAAUCUGCUAUUUAGCUCAUAAGUCAAAAAGUUAUUUUACAAAUAAAGUAAUUCUGUAGGUGCAGAAGUGCUUUUCAGUGUAGACUUUCCCCUCUUUUUGAUAUGGUGAUAGUCAUUUUUCCAUUCAACGGUAAAACCAUAAGUCUUAGUGCCUUUAGAAUAAACACUGAAAACACACACACCAACUCUCCUCCUCACCUGACUGUCCAUAAGCCAGUGAAAGGGAAGGGCCGUGUUCCUCAGGAAUGAAGUUUUUACACCUGAGUGUGGACACUCACUGAAAUGUAAGCUAGGUUUUCAGGGGACAAGGUGGAGUGACAAGUCCCCAUGGCUGGCAUAUGAAAUCUCGGAUGGUUUCCUAGAGGGAAAUGAAUUUGUUUUGGAGAAAUGGGCUUUUCCAUAGUUUAGUUGUCCAGGUUAAUGGGCCAGGAUAUUGCUAAAGAACGCCUUUGUAUUACUCUCCUUUGGACAGUUAAACCUCGGUUGUUUUCACACAAUAUAAAAUAACUUAAAGCACCAGAACAGGAAUGGAGGCCAGCCCCUGUAGACCGGAAGUCAGGCUGCUGGUGACACACAGCAGAGGCGCCUGUCCAACGUAUUCAGAGGAUGUGACCGUCUCUGGGAAAUAGAUAACGUUGCUAUAUGGAUUUAAAAAAAAUACAAUACUCGCAUGUAAUUGCUAUAAUGUGCAUUUUUGAGGCAGUUGUGAAACUGGUCUGUGAUUGUUGGUGUACUCUGUUGUAAAUUCAAAAAGAGCUUGUUGAAGUUUAUUUUUUUUUUACCUAUUGUUUUCAGAGUGUCUAUUUUGAAUUAAAAUUUGUUAUAUUACUGCAAA